CAUUUUGGCUCUCUCAUUACCACAAUCAACUCCAUUUCUCUUCUUUUCAUUGGCAAAACAAAGAACUAUUAAUCUUGGGGAAAAUGGCUUUGGCUAACGCACAAACAUUUCUGUUUCUUGUAGUGUUUUCGUUCAUGUUUGUCCUUAGUAUGGCCAACUUUAACUACGGUCGGGGGCCUUGGGGCCCAGGAAACUGGAACAAAACCAAUUGCCCUUAUGGUAAUAACCACCCAAAUGCUACUCAAACCUCAAACAAGUUCAACGUUGGUGGUUCCGAAAAUUGGCAUUAUGGCUUUGAUUACAUGGACUGGGCUCGCAAGAAUGGCCCUUUCUUUGUCAAUGACAAAUUAGUUUUCAAGUAUGAUCCACCAAACCCCAACGGUGGAUUUCCACACAGUGUAUAUUUAUUACCAAACUAUUGGAGCUUCAUCAAGUGCGACUUCAGAAGGGCUAAGAGGAUAGCAAAUCCGAACCAGGGUGCUGGGGAAGGGUUCGAGUUCGUGCUGAAGAAAAUGCAGCCUUACUUUUUUGCUUGCGGAGAGCAUGAGGGCAUCCAUUGCAACAACGGAACCAUGAAGUUUGUUGUUAUGCCACUCAAACGUAGGCCUUACUGAGUUGUUGCUUGGAACAUGUCCAGGAUGGCAAUCAAAAACAAAUACAAUACCAGUAUUCUUGCAUUUUAGUUUUGUUUGAAACAAAUAACGAGUGUUAACGUUGAGUAUACUUAUUAGAUAUUGGACAUUUACUUAGAUUUGUUGUGAUUGGAGUUUUGACUAAAAGGAAAAAAGAUCGAUAAUGAGA